CACUGCCCCUUUCCAUGCUUGCUUCAGACAUUUGGCUUCUCACUCUUUAUCUUCUCUCUCUUUUUCUCAAUUCCAAUUCCAACCAUCUUCCCCCCGAUUGGGCUUCGAGAUCUAUAUUUAGAGAAGGAUGGGAAGGGCACCAUGCUGUGAGAAAAUGGGAAUGAAGAAAGGGCCAUGGACGCCGGAAGAGGAUCAGAUACUGACCAAUUAUAUUCGUCUCUAUGGCCAUAGCAACUGGCGAGCUCUCCCCAAACAAGCCGGGUUACAUAGAUGUGGGAAGAGUUGCAGACUUCGUUGGAUAAACUAUCUUAGGCCGGACAUUAAGAGAGGGAACUUCACACCUCAAGAAGAAGAAACUAUCAUCAAGUUGCAUGGCAUCUUAGGCAACAGAUGGUCCGCGAUUGCUGCCAAAUUGCCAGGACGAACAGACAAUGAGAUAAAAAACGUCUGGCACACUCAUUUGAAGAAAAGAAUCAACAGUAAUAAUAAUGAUAUCAUGAGACAUGCCAAAGACAAGAACCCAUCAUCAUCAUCAUCAUCAUCAUCUAUCGAGAGAGACCAAGGUCUCGGGAGCAAAGGUGGAGAAGCCAUUGAUGGCGGCAUGGAGCGACCAACCUCGCCGUUACAGUCUGGUAACGACACCGACACCUCAUUCGAGAACGUUGAUAAUAACAAAGAGGAAGGCUUUCCAAUGUUGAUAGAUGAGAGUUUCUGGUCAGAGAUUUCAUCUAUAAUGGAUAACAAUUCUUUGGAUGAUAAGAAGAUUGAGAUGAUUUGGACGAAGGCUAAUUCAUUUCAAGAUCAUGGCGAUGAUCAUUAUAAUGAUGACGAUGACGAUGUGAAGAAUAGAAGCAAGGGUCGUCAUCAGUCAGAGCUGUACAAUAACGGUGAUGUUGAAUAUUGGUUUGGUCUUCUCACCGGAGCUGAGGAGCUUUCCGACAUCCCCGAGUUUUGAUCUUCUUUGUCUUUUUGUGUGGACCAAUAAAUUAGAAAAGUCCAUUUGCUCUCUC